ACAGGCUCUUGCCCGCCUCCUACCUGCUUCCGUUGACAACAUCAAUGGUGGACAUCAUGGCGGCAAAGAAAAUUGUAAACAGCUACCAAACUGACGUUGUCGAAUCGAUUGUCAACCGCUGGAUAUUUGAUUAUUAUUUUUCUUUGUUGCUAGAGCGAUAUGAUAACAAGCAAUUCGCGGACGUAUGUGGCAUUAUAGAUAUCCUUGAGAGAGUCUUGGACCGUCCUUUGGAGGCCACCAAUGUUAUAAAAACAAAGAUUCGAAUAUUGCAAUUUCUCACCCGGAUACAUAACGGUGAAAACAUUGGCAAGUCCUUUAAUGCAGACAAGUGUGUAUCGCCUCUGGAAUCAGCCUUAAUAGUGCUGGAACAAAUGAGCCAGGAUUGCAGUAUACCACAGCAGGAUUUUGAGAAUGUAUGCGCUUCAAUUAAAGACAUGAUGGUGUGGAUGCUCAUUAACAAAAAUGAGUUUGACAGAGCAGCACAAGUGGUGAACAAACACUUUCCCAAACCAAUGGUUGGCAAGAAAGCUAUAUUUAUGAGUUUCAUCAAAAAGAAGAGUAAAAUGCACGACGUCGAGCAAAUCAACUUCCUACAGUUCAAGAAGGAGAUGUUGGCCUUUUGCCAGAGUCUCUGCCCAUCCAGUGUUUCCUUUCUCCACAAGGCUGCAACGCAUCUUUUUGAUGAAAAACUUGCGGCGAAAAACCGCACUGAACCUGAUGAGCAAGAGAAAGCAGGCCCGUCCUUCACUCUACAUAUAAACAACAAGCCCUUUGGACCAUGUAAACAUACAAUAAUCCAGAGGGCCAGGCUGGAGGCGGCCUACAAGGCUUUGACUGCAGGAUCAGAUGAGAAAACAUUUGCUCAGCUGGAGGAAGAAGUAGUGGAGGAAGAGGAACAGGCAAGAAUAGACAAUCUCUGCCUGCGCCUCUCUCCUAGUCCCAGGGACACCAAUCAAGACUUGGAGCAGGAUGAGCUAUUUCAGAGAGACUCAGGCAGCCCCAUGGAGGCUUCCCAAGCAGACCAACCACCACACACAGACGCUAAUCCUCAAACACAGGCAGGUUCGCUCCCAAAGACCACCCGAGUGCUGAGGAACAGGCGGCUUUACACUGUGGCACAACUGGUGGCUGAGCCGGACAGCCAGGGGAGCUCGCAGUGCACAACAGCUUUACAGGAAAUGGAGAUUGAUGUCCAUACAGAAGAGCCACCACAGUCACUGGCUAUACCCAAUAGAAACGACUCCCAGAGCCCAUUAACAGACGAUGAGGUUACCAUACCUGUGCGGAAGCGCCCCAGACCAGCCAACAAAAUUUGCAGCAGAGCCUCUACUUGUCCGGCAGAGUUGUCAACCGAGAGUGAGGAGGACCCCCCUGGCUCUGUGGAGAACGGGGAGAUCUCUGCAGCAAAACGCCAUAACCAGUCCAACAGUUCACUUAGCGGAAACUCCACUAAGUCAGAAGAGUCCUCAUCAGACAGUGAGGAAGACCCACAGGAGUCACCAGCUCCCUGCAAAAGCCCAGUGCAGAAACCUCGUAAACAACUGGCCAGCAAGCCUCUCAGCAAAGAUCCAGAAAUCAUCUGUAUCGCAGAUUCAUUGGACAGCUCACCCAAUCUGUUCCCUCCUCACCCUGUCCCUCAAACAAGCUCCACUCCUCAAAAGGACUCUGCUCAAGACACAGGGCCUUCCAGUUCCAAAUGGAAACGGCUGUUGAAAGAGGCUAAAGAAACUAAGGAAACAUGGAGCGAUGAAGAGUCGUAUGUCUCCCCCAGAAAGAAAACCGGACUGCGCAAUGAGAGCACCAUUUCAGGCAACAAGAAGAAGAUGUGGAGUGAGAGAGAGACACAGAAGUUGAAAGAAGGGGUCAAAAAGUUUGGAGAAGGCAACUGGAGUAAGAUAAUGGCACAUUACUCCUUUGAGGAUCGAACGAAUGUCAACCUAAAGGACAGGUGGAGAACAUUGAAGAAGAUGAACCAGGUCUGAGGGGCCAAGUUUAAGUGCAUGGAUGGACAUUAUACGAUGGCCUUUUUUCCAAGUCCACAUUUCUUCCCAAACAGUUUCUGAAGCUAAUUCAUUUUAUGGGUUAUUCCUCUCUUUUUCCUCUUUAUCAUGUUUCAAGAUAUUGUACAAUUUAAGUUCAUGUCACCUAGUUUAGUACAUUUUCAGGGUUUAAAUUUGUA